CGCCGCGGCGGGGGCCGAGCCGCGGGCGCCCAAUCAGCGCGGCGCGGGGGCUCGGGCGCUUUAAGCGCGGCGGCGGCGGAGCGGGGACAAAGUCCCCCCAGCGCCGCGACCAGCAUCCCCGCUCGACCGCCCCCGGCUGCCGCUGCGCCUCCCCGCUCUGGGGCCGGGACCAGCACCGGGACCGGGCCCGGCGGGCGGCUUCCCCCCGCCCCUCCGCCGCCGCGCUCCCGCGGGGUGCCCGCCACCGCCGCCUCCUCCUCCUGCCGCCGCCGCCGCUGCGCCCGGCCAUGUCGAUGUUGCCGUCGUUUGGCUUCACGCAGGAGCAGGUCGCCUGCGUCUGCGAGGUGCUGCAGCAAGGGGGGAACCUGGAGAGAUUGGGCCGGUUCCUGUGGUCGCUGCCGGCCUGCGACCACCUGCACAAGAACGAGAGCGUCCUGAAGGCCAAGGCGGUGGUGGCCUUCCACCGCGGCAACUUCCGCGAGCUCUACAAGAUCCUGGAGAGCCACCAGUUCUCCCCCCACAACCACCCCAAGCUGCAGCAGCUCUGGCUGAAGGCUCACUACGUGGAAGCCGAGAAACUGCGGGGCAGACCCUUGGGCGCCGUCGGCAAAUACCGCGUCCGCCGAAAAUUCCCUUUGCCCCGCACUAUCUGGGACGGCGAGGAAACCAGUUACUGCUUCAAGGAGAAAUCCCGGGGCGUGCUGCGGGAAUGGUACGCCCACAACCCCUACCCGUCCCCCCGGGAGAAGCGGGAGUUGGCGGAAGCCACUGGUCUCACCACCACCCAGGUCAGCAACUGGUUCAAGAAUCGGAGGCAGCGGGACCGAGCGGCGGAGGCGAAGGAAAGGGAGAACACAGAAAACAACAACGCGGCCACCAACAAACCGAACCAACUGUCGCCUCUGGAUGGGAGCAAACCCCUCAUGUCCAGCUCCGAGGAAGAAUUUUCUCCGCCCCAAAGCCCGGAUCAGAACUCGGUCCUGCUCUUGCAGGGGAACCUCAGCCACACCAGGAGCUCCGGCUACUCCCUGAGCGGCUUAGCCGCAUCCCAGACCCCUCACAGCCUCCAAGGCCACCAGCUCCAGGACUCGCUGCUGGGACCCCUCACGUCCAGCCUGGUGGAUCUGGGAUCCUAAAGGCCCGCGGCGGGCGGCUGGAGGAACGGGAGAGGAGGUUUCGCUCGGGGACUGAGGCUCUGGGUUGUACAUAGAGGACAGCACCCGGUUUUACAGCUCACCCGCUGAUUCUUGACGGGACUCUCGGCUCUUUUCACACAACCUCACAUUGGCUUCUGGUCCAGUUUCCCCCAGCGUCUCCCACUAUCACCAUGAUUUUUAUUUUUUUUUUUUCCACGUAGCCAAACGCAGAGAGCAGCAGAAACCCUCAACCCUUCGAGUUCAAACUAGCUGGUCCCAGCAGGAAUUACAAAGAAAAAAAAAGAAAAAAUUAUUAAAAAACCCCAAAUCAACCCCAGUUGGAGACGAUUCCACCCAAAUAAAUCCCAGCCCCGCAGGCACGGUGGGGCAGAGGCGGCCAGGGCAUCCCUGCUGCUGCCCGGCCGGAUCCCCGCGGGGCCGGUGAGGAGCUGGGACGGAGGCAGAGGGAGAAACGCUGUACCGAGCCCUGUGUUGUAGCGGGAGGAGGGAGGGGAAGUUACGUUUACAUUUUUCAUAUUUAGCCUUACCAGAAAGAUUUCGAUGUAGUUUAAAUUAAAAAAAAAAAAAGGCAAAAAAAAAAAGAGGCAAAAGCUGCAGUAUUAGAGUUUUAACAAGUGCCUGUGUCUUAUCGCGGCUGUGCGAGACGGUUAGCGAGUGAGCUCCCGUGUGCCCGCGCCCCCCGGCUUCCUUCUCCACGGUGGUGAAAUGCAUCGAUGUGACUAAAAAUUAGGAAAUAAUAAAAGUCACCGGCCGUUUCCUCCUGACCGAGUACUCCUCGGGCUGCUCCGUGUUGCCUUCUCCCGUCUGUCCCGCUCACCGCCUUCCUCCUUCGUCCUCCGUUCGCUGGGGGACGAGGCUGUCUGUCUCAAGUAUUUGUUACCAAAAAUCGCAUGUGCUUUCCGGUUUAUUUUCUAUUGUACCUAAACAGUCUAAAUUAAACAACGCUGA